GAAUUUGUCGAACCAAAUUUUCUUUUCCAUAUUAUAUUGAUCAUCAUCAACCAACCAAUCAUCAUGGCAUUCGAAUCAAUUUGUUCGACAAAAGAAGAAGAAGAAUCUUGUUGUCAAAGAACAUUGGAAAUUCCAAACAAUCAACUGUUGCUCAUUUAUCAAUUAGAAUUGAAUGGUUUUAAUGAAACUAGAUUAUUUCGUUGUGAAAAAUUUAAUCGUUUACGUUUUCAAAUUGGUCCAUCGCUGUAUGGUCGACAUAUUUCGCUCAAAACCAACUAUACCGAUGAUUAUACUCAAUUUAACAGAAAUGAAUACAAACAAAUCGAUAUUCGAGAAAAUCUUCAAUUCAAAACUUCUGGUUCAUUUCAUUUUAUCUAUACGGAAAACAAUGUUGUUAAUGACGAUGAUGAUACAAUACUUGGAUCAUUUUAUAUUGUUGUCAGUCCUGAAAUACUCAUUUCCAAUCGAUCAAAUAGACAAUCGAUUCAUUUAUCGAUAAAUGCAUUACAAUGUCAAACAAUUUUAUCAAAAUUAAUGGGUCCUAUUGAUCAAUGGAAACAACGAUUGAAUGUAUCGAUUCAAUGUCAUUAUAAUAUGAUACAUUGGACACCAAUACAAAUACUUGGUAAAUCAAAUUCAGCUUAUUCAUUAGCUGAUCAACUUCGAUUGAAUCAAACAUUUCGUACUGAAAAUAUGAUCGAAACUGGACAAGAUUGUACUAUUGAUAAUGUUUCCGAUUGUAUUGAAUGGUUACGAAAAGAACAUGGUGUUAUUUCCAUUAUUGAUAUUGUCCUCAAUCAUACUGCUAAUGAAUCACCUUGGCUUCGACAAUAUCCUGAUUCAGCUUUUAAUUGUAAAAAUUCACCAUGGCUUCGUCCGGCUUUUAUUCUUGAUCGUAUGUUAUACAAUGUUACGCUAGAUAUUGAACAGGAUCGUUGGAUUGAUCGAGGAAUUUGUUCGAAUAUCAAUAGUGUUGAUCAAUUAGAAUCGAUUGGCAAUUUAAUACGUGAACAUUAUCUACCAUUGAUCAAAUUGGAAGAAUUUUAUCUUUGCGAUCCUUUGAUUUUGGUGAAAAAAUUUGAAAAAUUUCUUCGCCAACAAUUCAAUGAUUUGGAUCAUCAAACUGACCGAAUGUCUGCACAACAGAAUUUCAAUGAUAUAAUCUUAGAACAAGAUCCACAAUUUCGUAGAUUAAAUUGUACAGUCGAUAUGGAAAAUGCAUUUAAAUUCAUAAAAAAUCAAAUUGAUUAUCAACCAACUCGAGAAUCGAUUGAAAAUUGGUUGAACGAUGCUUUAUCUUGUUUUCAACAGCAAUUAAUUCAACUAAAUAAUUGUAAACGUCAGGAAAUAAUUAGCCAUAUUGAUACGGCAAUCGAAAAUGUUUUAAAAGGUGCACGAUAUGAACGAUUCGAUUCGAAUGGACCGAAAAUCAAAAAGUUAACCCGUACGAAUCCAUUAACAACCGAAUAUUUUACCGAUAAUGAUAAUGAUUUUGUUGGUGAAAAAUUUAUUGAAAAUGAAUCAAAAUUGUAUGAUGAUACAAAAUGUUGUUAUUAUAUGGCUCAUAAUGGUUGGGUUAUGGGUGAUGAUCCAUUAAGAAAUUUUGCCGAUAAAGAUUCACUAGUUUAUCUGCGUCGUGAACUGAUUUGUUGGGGCGAUUCAGUCAAAUUACGUUAUGGUCAACAAUGUGAAGAUUCACCAUUUUUAUGGUCACAUAUGGAACAAUAUGUUACACAAAUGGCUAAAGUUUUUCAAGGAUUACGUUUGGAUAAUUGUCAUUCAACACCGAUUCAUGUUGCACAAUAUAUGAUCGAUGUAGCCCGACGUGUUAAUCCGGAUCUUUAUUUGAUUGCCGAAUUAUUUACAUCAAGUGAAGAUUUGGAUAAUCUUUUUGUUAAUAAAUUAGGUAUCAAUUCAUUGAUACGUGAAGCAAUGUCGGCCAAUACACCGCAUGAACUUCAACGUCAAGUACAUCGUUUUGGUGGUCAACCGGUUGGUUCAUUCAAACCAGAUCUAAUAAAAACUGGCAAUUCAACAAAAGAAAUACUUUAUUCUCGACCAAUGAUUCCAUCUAUAACACAUGCAAUAUUUUUCGAUCAAACACAUGAUAAUGAAUCACCGAUUGUAAAACGAACCGUUUUAGAUCCAUUACCAAGUAGUGCAUUAAUUGCAAUGACAUAUUCAGCAAUUGGUUCGAAUCGUGGUUAUGAUGAAUUGGUUCCACAUCAUAUUCAUGUUGUCAAUGAACAACGAUUAUAUCGAUGCUGGAAUGAUAAUGAUGAUCCAAAUGGUGAUGGUAAUGUUAAUUUAUCGAAAGGAAUUUUAUAUGCAAAACGCAUACUAAAUAAUCUUCAUUUCAUACUGAAUUCCGGUGGCUAUUCGGAAGCAUUUGUUGAUCAACGUGAUAGAGAUACAAUUGUUAUAACCAGACAUAAUCCAUCGAAUCAUCAAUCGAUUGUUCUGGUAGCUCGUACUGCAUUCUAUUCUAUCGAUAACCAUAACCAUCAUUUGAAUCCAUUAAAAAUUGAAGGAAAAUUUGAAAAAAUUUUAUUCGAAAUUCAAAUGAUCAAAUCUGAUGAUGCUGAUGAAAAUGAAUUCAAACCGAAUGAAAAAUAUAUCAAUGGCCUCGACAAUAUUAAAUCCCAUGUCAAUUUGAAUGUAAAUAAAAUUGAAAGCAAAAUGGUCAAAGUGAAUAACAAUAAUCCAAAUGAUGAUAAUAUAAUUGAAUUUCUAGAAUUCCCACCAUCAUCUGUGAUUGCAUUCAGUUUCACAUUACUAAAUCGACAACAAAAUGCAUUGAAUCAAAUCCAAAAACAUAUCAUUCAAUUUGAUUUGAUCGAUAGUCAAAUUUCAAUGAUUGUUCAGAAAUUAAAUCUUAUCGAUUUGAAUUAUAUUUUAUUUCGUUGUCAACAAGAAGAAUUUGAUGAAAAUUCUUCCGGUACUUAUCAAUUAUCGAAUGGUUCGCUUGUGUAUAGUGGUUUGGCUGGAAUAAUGUAUCAUUUGGCGAAAAUUCGAACCAAUAAUGAUCUCGGGCAUCCAUUAUGUGAAAAUCUACGGCAAGGAAAUUGGCUUCCCGAAUAUAUUGUCGGACGAUUAAAAAAACGUUCCGAAACCAUAGAUUUAGCCGAAUGGUUGGAAGAAACAUUCAAAUCAUUAGUGGAAUUACCAAGAUAUUUAAUUCCACGUUAUUUUGAUUCAAUUCUUUGCCCUUUGUGGACAAUGUUAUUGGAAAAAAUUCGUUUGUUACAAUCAGAUUUCAUCAGAAAUGGUGAUGAAUUUAUUCAACGAUUAACAUUAGGUAGUGUUGCUUUAAUUGGAUUUCAUCCAUCAUCAUCAUUACCACCUUUACAUCAAUCAAUAUCGUCAAAACGAUUAUUGGCAACAAUGGCUGCUGGAUUACCACAUUUUAGUAUUGGUUAUAUGCGUAAUUGGGGUCGUGAUACAUUUAUAUCAUUGAAAGGAUUAUUAUUAUUAACUGGGCGAUUUGAAGAAGCAAAAAUUAUUAUAUUAGCUUAUGGUGGUUGUCUAAGGCAUGGUCUAAUACCAAAUCUAUUGGAUAGUGGAAAAAAUCCUAGAUAUAAUUGUCGUGAUGCAAUAUGGUGGUGGUUACAGGCAAUAAAACAAUAUAUUCAAUUAGUACCAAAUGGUCAUUUGAUACUUGAUGAAAAUGUUUAUCGAAUUUUUUCAACGAAAGAUGAUCCUAUUGAACCAUUACAUUGUACAAUGCAAGAAGCAUUGAAUCAACAUUUUAAUGGAAUUGAUUUUGUGGAAAAAAAUGCCGGUAAAAAAAUUGAUGCCCAUAUGACUGAAAAGGGUUUUCAUAUUCAAAUCGGUGUUGAUCGUUCAACUGGAUUCGUUUACGGUGGUAAUCAAUGGAAUUGUGGUACAUGGAUGGAUAAAAUGGGUUCAUCGGAUAAAGCUGGUAAUCGUGGUCGACCAGCAACACCAAGAGAUGGUUCUGCCAUCGAAAUCGUUGCAUUAUCACAAUCGAUUAUUGAAUUUUUAGCUGAAUUGAAUCGAAAUAAUCAAUAUCCAUAUGAAGGUGUCCAUUGUCAAACACGAUCGAAUGAAACAGAACGAUGGACAUUUGAAUAUUGGAAUGAAAAAAUUUUGGGAAAUUUUGAAAAAUAUUUCUAUAUCGAUGAUGAUUGUAAUGAUCAAUAUAUAAAUCGUCGUAAUAUUUAUAAAGAUACAGUUGGAUCAACAAUCCAAUGGAUGGAUUAUCAAUUACGUCCAAAUUUUUUAAUUGCAAUGGUCAUUGCACCAAAAAUGUUCAACGAAUUGAAUGCUCAAAAAGCAUUGGAUAUUGUUUCGAAAACAUUAGUUGGACCAUUGGGUUUGAAAACACUUGAUCCUAGGUAUGUCGUUUUCUGUUUUGUUUUUGUUAACCCUUCAUUGUUUUUCUUUCUAUUAAGUGAUUGGACAUAUAGAGGUGAUUAUGAUAAUAGUAAUGAUUCAAAUGACCCCAGCAUAGCACAUGGAUUUAAUUAUCAUAAUGGACCAGAAUGGUUAUGGCCAAUGGGUUAUUAUUUAAUGGCACAAUUACUAUUUAACAACAAUAAAAACAACAACAAAAAUCUAUCAUCAAUAAAAGAAAUAUUAUCCAAACAUUUCAAACAUCUUUAUCAAUCAGAAUGGUUUGGCUUACCUGAACUAACAAAUUCAAAUGGUCAAAAUUGCCCGGAUAGUUGUCCAAUACAAAGUUGGUCACAUUCAACAUUGAUUGAAACAUUGUAUAUGAUUUUUUGUCUGUUUGUACAAAAUGAAACAAACAAAUGUGACAUGUAAUUACAAAAAAAAAACUUAUGAAAUAAAAAAUUCAUUAA